AUGGACUUCGGCCCCGAAGACUUGGCGAGCGCAAUGUCAUUGCUCUCCUUCUGCCGAUUCGACCCGAAUGAUCAUCAACUAAUAAUCAAUUUCUUGAACCGCAAAGCCAUGGGCCUCCCAUUGCCUCAAAACAAAAUCCAGACGGACGCCAUUGACAAAUGGACGAAUCCUCAAGAACUCGCUGAUAAAGUACCGCUGGGAAGAGAUUUAGAGAGGUAUUUUUUCGCAAGAACGGGGAUUUUAGUUGCAGAUGAUCGUAGAAAUGAUGUGGUCGGUGGAAGGGGUUACUGGAAACCAAUGAGUGAAAUCACGGAGGAAAUUGUUUUUAAAGACGAGAAGAUUGGUGAAAAAAGGGAACUAAUAUACUUUGAAGCCGAUGGAUCGAAAACCCAGUGGAUCAUGUAUGAGUAUACGGCGUUCUUGACUAUUGAAUCUCCUUCUUCUUCUCCUGAAGCGGAAAUAUGGGUGCUGUAUAAGCUGAGAAACAAAGGGGACGUUGAUGAAUAUGAUAAUGUUGUUAGUGGGACAACAGGAGAAGCAGCCGCCGCCGCAGCCCUCUGCGUUCUUAAUGAGCUAGCUGACGAUGAGGAAGAGUAUGAGCCGCCGCCGGCGUCGACGGACACAUCGGAAGACGGGCCAGAUUCCAAGCGAAGAAAGGGAAACACAUCUGGUGUCGUCGUCGCAGAUACUCUGAUAGUGAUCAUGAGAAUAUAG